AUGCCGGGGUACACUCUGGUGGGGAUGCCGGGGUACACUCUGGUGGGGAUGCCGGGGUACACUCUGGUGAGGAUGCCGGGGUACACUCUGGUGGGGAUAUUGGGCUACACUCUGGAGGGGAUGCCGGGGUACACUCUGGAGGGGAUGCCGGGGUACACUCUGGUGGGGAUGCCGGGGUACACUCUGGAGGGGAUGCCGGGGUACACUCUGGUGGGGAUGCCGGGCUACACUCUGGUGGGGAUGUCGGGGUACACUCUGGUGGGGAUGCCGGGCUACACUCUGGUGGGGAUGCCGGGCUACACUCUGGUGGGGAUGCCGGGGUACACUCUGGUGGGGAUGCCGGGGUACACUCUAGAUGGGAUGUUGGGGUACACUCUGGAGGGGAUGCCGGGCUACACUCUGGUGGGGAUGCCGGGCUACACUCUGGUGGGGAUGCCGGGCUACACUCUGGUGGGGAUGCCGGGCUACACUCUGGAGGGGAUGCCAUUAUGA